AUGAGCAACGAAAAUUUAUUCAUUCAACUUGUUCGAUUUUAUCAAGGAAAAAUACAUUCUAAUGUUCCCGAAUAUAUUAUACAGACAUAUAAUAAUAGUCAAGAGAGUUUAAGACACCAUCAUAUGUCUGUUUGGGAAUCUUCCUCUAAUAUUCAAUUGUUUCUAAUAAUUUUCUCUAUUCUAACAUGGAUUGUUAUGAUGGCUUUUACCUUAUUGGGUUAUAUCCGGGCGCGCACAAGGUUUGGUCCUUCUAAAAGAUCGAAAACAUCCCAAUUACCUGCCGACCAAGUUCCUGGGGUGUCAAUUAUAAGGCCACUUAAAGGUGUAGAUUGUAAUUUAUUCGAAAACCUUUCUUGUUCAUUUCGACAAGAUUAUCCUAAAUUUGAGAUAAUUUUUUCUGUCGCAAGUGAACAUGAUCCCGCAAUAAAAGUGGUAAAGAAAUUAAAAAAAAAGUUUCCAAAAGUAGAUGUAAACUUAAUAUUGGGUGAACGACAAGUUGGUGUAAAUCCAAAAAUAAAUAAUUUGAUUCGAGCGUAUGAAACUUCUAAAUACGAUAUUAUUUGGAUUUUGGAUUCAAAUAUUUAUGUAGAUUCAGGAUGUCUUGGGAGGUCUGUGGAUAAAUUAAUUCAACCAGGUGUUGGCCUUGUUCAUCAUCUUCCUUUCGCUGUGAGACCUGAUACUUUUGGUUCAGAAUUGGAAAUGAUGUUUAUGGAUACGGUUCAUGCCAAAAUGUAUUUGGCAAUUAAUGCAUUAGGUCCUGAUAGUUGUGUAGUAGGUAAAUCAAAUUUAUAUCGUAAGACUGAUAUUGAAAGUGUUGGAGGAUUAGCUCAAUUUGGUAAAUAUAUGGCGGAGGAUAACCUUAUCGCUAAAGCUCUUUGGAGAAAAGGUCUUAAACAUGAAAUGACUAGUGACUUAGCUUAUCAACCUCUUGGUUCUAUGGCUACUGCGGACUACUUCUUACGUCGUUCGCGUUGGACUCGUAUUCGAAAGUAUACUGUUAUACUCGCUACAAUUGUUGAACCUCUAACAGAAUCAAUAUUAUGUGGUUUAUUAGCUUCUUACGGAUUCAAUCUUUUAUGGAAUAUUAAUCCAUUCAAUUUCUUAGCUUUCCAUAUUAUCUUUUGGUUUUGGAUGGAUCUUAAAUUAUUUCAAACUUUAAGUAAAAAGAAACUUAAUAUAGAAAGUUUGCGUGGAUUUAUAAUGGCUUGGGCCAUGCGUGAAAUUACCGCUUUACCUCUUUACAUUUAUUCUGUGAGUGGCGAUACCGUUGAUUGGCGUGAUGGUACUUUUCGAUUAAUGCGAAAUUCCGCAGUAGAAAAAAUAACACCUCAGCAACCACAACAACACAGACAACACAAAUCUACUGGCAGUCUUUCUUUACCUUCUUUUGCUCGUAAUAUUGCAGCCAUAACAAAUUACAAUACAACACAUUCAACUUCCAAUAGUCAAAGAAACGCAUUCCAUCAACAACAUUUCAUGGUUUCUAUUCUCACUUCAACAAUAUUAGUAAUUGACAUAAUGAUGGAUAUUCUUUUCUCUAGUACUCGUAAUGGAAAUCCCGUAGAGAAUAUAGAAACUGAUGAAUUAAAAACGGAUUCAGAAAAAAAAAAUAAAAGACGGAAAUGUGAUCGAAAAGUAAGACAUAAUUCAGAAGACGAUUCAACAGAUCAUGAUGAUACAAUAAGUAUAGAUAGUUCCGAUGAAUUACGAAUUAGUAAUCAUGAUGAUCCAAUCAUUAAACAUGCAGAAAUCGUCAAUAGUUCAACAACAACACUUCAUUCUAGGCAUCCUUCAAUUUUAAAUGAGAUAUAUAGAAGUGUGUCUAUAGGACUUUCAAUGCAUUUACAAAAUGAAAAAAACUUUAUUGAAGGUCAAAAAUUAAGUCGUAGGCAAAUCAUCGAUUUUAUUAAAAUGCUAAUAAAAACUUGGUCGCUGGCUUUUGUUAUGAUUAUGAUCGUGUUGAACACGGUACUCGCAAAGGAUAAGACAGAGAGCACAGUAAAUACUUCACCUACAAAAAAUAAAGAUGAAAAUACUGUUCAACCUACAACUGCGACAACAGCUGAAGCAAUAGCGAAAACAACAGCGAAAACAACAGCGAAAACAACAGAGGAAACAACAGAGGAAACAACAGAGGAAAUAACAGAGGAAACAAUAGAGGUAACAACAGAGAUAACAACAUUAGCGGUAACGACGACUCCCAAAAAAAUUCCAAGUUCUACGACUUCUAAAUCUUCGGAAAGUUCUACAACGAAAACCACAAAAUCAGAAAAGUCAACCAGUACUACAACAGUAAUUACGGUAACUACGGACAGUAUUAAUCCAACUUCAACAACAUUAUCAUGGCAAGAAUGUGUCGAUUACGGUAAAUGGUGUCGCGACGUAAAAUGUUCAUAUAGAAAUUAUACAUCAAGUUGUGAAAACGGUGGAGAAUGCUCUUGUUUUGGUGGAAUUGAUUAUAUAGCUGGAAUUAAUUCGUCAAACCAGGUUACCUUUUGCUAUGUUUUGUCAUUUGUAAUUUUUAUCAUUCUCGGUAUCAUUUUAGAUUUAAAAACUUAG